AUGCUCCCUUCCCAGCCUCUCCUGCACGCUGCCGUGUUUGCUCUCACAGCCCUUCAGGCCCUUGGCUCUGACACCUUCAUUGCGGCCGUCUACGAGCACGCGGUCAUCCUGCCAGAUGCCACUGAUGAGCCCGUUUCUCCGGACGAUGCUUUGGCCCUCAUGAACAAAAACAUGGAUGUCUUGGAAGGGGCCGUCAAGGAAGCUGCCCAGCAGGGCGCUCACAUCAUUGUGACUCCUGAAGACGGCAUUUAUGGCUGGCGUUUCUCGAGAGAAGCCAUCUACCCCUACCUGGAGGAUAUCCCCGAUCCGGUGGUGAACUGGAUUCCCUGCACGGAUCCCACGAGAUUUGCUCCAGCACCUGUCCAGGAACGACUUAGCUGCAUGGCCAGGAAUAACUCCAUCUAUGUGGUUGCAAACAUGGGGGACAAGAAGCCGUGUAACUCCAGUGAUCCCAGCUGCCCCAGCGACGGUCGCUAUCAGUACAACACUGAUGUCGUCUUUGACCCAGAGGGGAAACUGGUGGCUCGUUACCAUAAGUAUAAUCUCUUUAUGUCAGAAACUCAAUUUAAUUACCCAAAAGAGCCAGAAGCUGUCACCUUUGAGACCCCCUUUGGGAAGUUUGGCAUUUUCACUUGCUUCGACAUCCUUUUCCAUGAGCCUGCCGUGGUCCUGGUGAGCAAGUUGCAGGUGGACACUGUGCUCUUCCCGACGGCCUGGAUGAACGUCCUGCCAUUUCUGACUGCCAUUGAGUUUCACUCUGCUUGGGCUAUGGGCAUGGGUGUCAACUUCCUAGCUGCCAAUACACAUUACACCAGCUUUUCUAUGACAGGCAGUGGUAUUUAUGCACCAGAAGGAGCCAGAACAUACUACUACAAUAUGAAAACUGAGGAUGGUCGCCUCCUUGUUGCUGAAUUAGAUUCGCACCCUCGCCUUUCUCUUGCUGCCCCACCUGCUGUCAGCUGGAACUCAUUUGCUUCGAGUGUCAAAAGACUCUCAUCAAAUGACCAUGAAUUCGGAGGACUCAUCUUCCAUGACUGGUUCACUUUCACUGGGCUCACUAAGCCUGAGGGGAAUCUCACCACUUGCCAGAAAGACCUCUGCUGUCACCUGAGCUACAAGAUGACAGGGAAACAAGAUGAAGUUUAUGUACUGGGUGCUUUUGAUGGGCUUCAUGUUGUUGAAGGACAAUACUAUCUGCAGAUAUGCACGCUGCUCAAGUGCAAGAGCACAGACCCGAACACGUGCGGGCAGCCCGUGGAGACAGCUGAGACCAGGUUUGAGAUGUUCUCCCUCAGCGGCACGUUUGGCACUAACUACGUCUUUCCAGAAGUCUUGUACAGCGGGGUGCAGCUGGCCCCCGGGGAGUUUGAGGUAUUAAAUGAUGGGCGUUUGAUAAGUAAGACAAGACCAACACAACCAGUCAUCACUGUGGCACUUUUUGGACGGUGGUAUGAAAAGGAUCACCUGAAAGUAGACCCACAACCACAAGCAUUCUCAUGA